AUGACGGAACCAAUCAGAGUUGUUGUUACUGGUGCGGCAGGUCAGAUUGCCUAUUCCCUUGUGUACUCUGUUUGCAAGGGGGAUAUCUUUGGACCAAACCAGCCGAUAGUACUGCUGUUGUUGGACAUCACCCCAAUGAUGGGUGUACUUCAGGGUGUGGUCAUGGAACUCCAAGACUGUGCCAUUCCCUUAGUGAAAGAUAUUGUGGCAACAGACGAUCCUAAUGUUGCAUUUAAAGAUGUUGAUGCUGCAUUUAUGGUGGGCGCUAUGCCCAGGAAGGACGGUAUGGAGAGGAAGGACUUGCUGAAAGCUAAUGUCCGAAUUUUCAAGGCACAGGGCCAGGCUAUCGACAAGUUUGCCAAGAAAUCUGUGAAGGUGAUAGUCGUGGGCAACCCAGCCAACACCAAUGCCUGCAUACUCAGCAAGUAUGCCCCAUCCAUUCCCAAGGAAAACUUCAGCUGCAUGACUCGACUAGAUCAGAACAGAGCUCAGGCACAGAUUUCACUGAAGCUGGGAGUGACCAGUGACAAAAUCAAGAAUGUGAUCAUCUGGGGCAACCAUUCCUCCACCCAGUAUCCUGAUGUUGCUCAUGCUACAGUUGAGAUCCAGGGCAAAGUGGUUCCAGUUGCUGAUGCAAUCAAGGAUGACAAUUACCUGAAAAAUGAAUUUAUCAAGACGGUGCAGCAGAGGGGAGCCGAGGUCAUCAAGGCACGUAAACUGUCCAGUGCCAUGUCUGCUGCCAAAGCUGCCGGUGAUCACAUGCACGAUUGGUUCGCUGGAACUCAAGGGGAUAACUGGGUGUCUAUGGGUGUUAUCUCUGAUGGCUCAUAUGGUGUCAAGGCAGGUCUGAUGUUCAGCUACCCUGUGCGCAUCAAGAACAGAAACUAUUCAAUUGUUCAAGGCCUCAGCCUCAGCGAGUUUGCACAACAAAAAUUGGAUUUAACUGCGGCAGAACUUGACGAGGAGUUGCAGGCUGCCCUGGCUGAAUGUGCAGACUGA